AUGUCUGAUUGAUUUGAAGAGAAUAAACAUAAGCUGACACCUGAAGAGCGAGAACAAAUUGAAAGUUGAGAUAGAUGGAAAUCUAAUAUGAGUAUGAUCGGCUGUGGAGUUAGUUUAGUAGCAAAUUUUUUUAUUUUCAAGAAUAAGCAAUUCAUGAAUUUUUGUUUACAAUCGACACCAGGAAAAAUAAACUUGCUGCUUAUAGGUCUGACCCCUGUAUGAGCUGGAUAUUAUUGCUCAGUUCCUGCAAAAAAAGAAAAAAAUAAACUUAUAGCAGAACUAACUGAAAAAUAUAGUCCUGAAAUACCUCAAGAGCCAAAAAGCCAACUUACUAACUAA